AUGUCCGACAAAAAUAAUAAUAGACAAUAUACAUUAAAAUAUGCUGAGAAAUUCCAGACCACUCUGACCACAGUUGCCAUUGAGAUCUUAGAUGCGUUUGACCCUUUGGAUUCCAAAAACAUUGCAGAUCCCAAAUAUAAGUCUCUUUCUGAUUCAGAGCUAGAAGAAGUUGCUGCUGAACUUCAUUCUGAUCGUUGUCUGAAGGCUCUCAAGUACCUUCGUCCUCAUGUUGCUGUUCCUGUUGGUCAUUUCUUUUGUGAUCAAGACUGGAUCUCUAAGGAAGAUAUUCCUGUCCAUUCUGUUUCUGGUCCUGGUGCUGGUAUUCAUGAUUUCCAAUCACCAUCUUGUCGUACCUCUGUUGCAAUAUCUGAAUGA